CAUUUAAAACUCAUUAAAAGUUAUGUUAUUUUUGUAUGACUCUUAAAACGGCAUUUCAAUUCUCAAAGCUUUUUAUUAAACAAAUAUUUAGCGCUCUUUCAAAGUAACCAUUGAUUUGAUUGUAGACUUGACUUCUUCUAUCGGAUCCAUUCCUCCUCUUCUUCUUCUUUAUCAUCACUAGUUAUGGCCACUCACGUCAUACUACUAGUCCAGGCCAGCACUGGUGAGACCCGACGCUAUACAGACUACGAUUGUCUGAAUGAUGCACUCGAAGGUGUGUGCCAUAUGUAUGAACAGCAUAUGAAGAAACAGUUUCCCACCGAAACUGAAUUGUUUUACGAUUUAAGCCAACUCUUUGAAUUUGUCGAUCACUUAACUGAUCUAAACUUUUUGGUCUUCCAGAAGACCAGCCAUUCCUAUGUUCCGUAUACUAAGGAAUGGAUUAAAGAGAAACUGUAUAUAAUGUUACGUCAGGACAGCGAUCGUGAAUUGGCUGAACAGGCAAACUGUGACAACAACAACAAUACCACUGAAAUGGUUGUCAAUUGAUUGUCCAAUUGGUGGCCACAUAUUCCCACCGAUCAGUUCACACUUCACUGACACAUAUUUUGCCAUUUUUUAAAAAAAGUCAUUUAUAUUUAACGGUUGAUUACUUAAGAUUUAAGAAAAAAUAUUGUUAUAUAUGUUAUAUACUGUUAAUUACUGCUAUUAUUAUAAUUUGAUAAUAAUGUUUGACAUUUUUUGUUUGUUUGUUUGUUUUUAAUUCAAUUAAUAGACAAAUUUGAUUCACUUUUUUAUAUCUAAUAACUCUCACAAAGCAUUUAUUUUUUGCUAAUAUUUUGACCAAAAAGAAAAUAUUUUAUUUGAAAAGCAAUA